UCAUAAUCAAUACAUCAUUCACUAACGCCAUUACAUGCUCUAUAUAUGGACGAGCGUUUGGAUAAAGAGAGACAAUGGGGGACAGAAUCAUCACACAUUGCAAAGCAGACCAUGCAAUGGGAACAGUAUCCCUCCACUUCAUAGCAUCAAGAGUUCACGUCAGUUCCUUGUUAUUUGAUGCCGGAGCUUUCCAGCCGCUUCCGCAGCUCACUUUCUUCUUCUUUCCUCUCUUUUCACUACUGAAUGCUCAAAAUCUCUUAAAUUAUGGAGGUGACCGAGCUUCUAACCCUCCCAGCAGCUUUGACACUACUAGUCUUUUUCCUGUCUCUUCCUUUCAUUACUAAAUUUGUCAAAACUAGGAAACAUCCGAACCUGAAUCUUCCUCCAGGAAACUUAGGAUGGCCGGUUAUUGGGGAAACCUUUGAGUUUUUGAGAUCAGGUUAUGACGGCAAGCCGGAAUCGUUCAUAAGGGAGAGAAUGGAGAAAUACGACUCGAGGGUGUUCAAGACUUCAGUGUUGGGAGAGCCCAUGGUUGUGUUCUGUGGGGCAGCUGGGAACAAGUUCUUAUUCAGCAAUGAGAACAAGGAUGUUCAAGUAUGGUGGCCCACCUCUGUAAGGAAGCUCUUGCGCUCUUCUUUGGUAACCAAGGUUGGUUAUGAAGCUAAAACCAUGAGAAAGCUGCUCAUGAGUUUCCUCAAUCCAGAAGCGCUCAAAAAUUACUUGGCAAAAAUGGACACCAUUGCCUGCUGCCAUAUUACAACUCAUUGGCAAGGGAAAGAAGUAGUGCUUGCGUAUCCCACGGUGAAACAAUAUGCGCUUGAACUGGCUUGUUGCUUAUUUGCAAGCAUUGAAGAUCCGAUCCAGGUAUCUAAACUUUCACCACAAUUUGAUGAAUUCCUCAAAGGGGUGAUAAGCUUCCCCAUCAACUUGCCCGGGACAAGGUUUCACUGUGCAACGAAAGCGACAAAUGCAAUAAGGGAAGAACUAAAGCUGAUCAUAAAGAAAAGGAGACUUGAUUUGGAAGAGAAGAGGGCCUCACCUACCCAAGACCUUCUCUCACAUUUGCUAGUCACAUCUGACGGCAACGGGAGGUUUUUGAACGAAAUGGAGAUUAUAGAUAACAUACUACUACUGCUAUUUGCAGGUCAUGAUACUUCUAGAUCAGUCAUAACAUCGGUCAUCCAGUAUCUUGGCCAGAUGCCUCAUGUUUAUGAGAAAGUGUUGGAAGAACAGCUAGAAAUUUCCAAGGGGAAAGAGGCGGGGCAAUUGUUGCAAUGGGAGGACAUUCAAAAAAUGAAGCACUUAUGGAAUGUUGCAUCCGAAGUCCUAAGACUAUCUCCUCCCGUGACUGGUUCUUACAGAGAAGCUUUGAACAAUAUCACCUAUGCUGAUUAUACCAUCCCUAAAGGAUGGAAGUUGUCGUGGAGCACCGGUUCAUCGCACAAGGACCCCACAUUCUUCCCAGAUCCCGACACUUUUGAUGCUUCAAGGUUCGAAGGAACAGGGCCUACCCCGUUUUCAUAUGCUCCUUUCGGAGGAGGACCUCGAAUGUGCUUGGGGCAAGAGUUUGCACGGCUUGAGAUUCUCGUGUUCAUGCAUAACAUUGUGAAAAGAUUCAAGUGGGAGUUAUUGAUUCCCGCUGAGAAAUUCCUGUACGAUCCCCUGCUAAAACCUUCAAAAGGACUUCCAAUCCGUCUUCAACCUCAAGUUUAGCCAACUUCUUUCGUCCAUUACGCAUAACAUGGAUUACGAGUUACUUACAUGUCAGCUUAUAUUGUCCAUAUUGGAAUUCUAGCCACUACUCUGUCAUGCUAAGGGUAUCAAUAAUAGACAUGGCCUUGAUCCUAUGCGGAAUGCAGGAGCGUUUCUUUUGUCGUA